AAUAUCUAAUCCGAAAACGCAAUUUACAAAGCCAUACCCGACCACUUAUUUAUUUUUGCACAAAACCACUUAAUUUUGACCCCAACUCCAUUCUCCUCUAUUUUUCCCACCAUGGACCUUUCCAUCAACACACGCACCCCCCACACGCCGCAUCAUCGCUUCGCCACCACACGCCGCGGUUGAGAUGUUCCCGCCGCCGACGCAGACGACCCUCCCCUCUCUGCCGGAUCUCCUCCUCACGGCCCUCUCCGUCUGCUUCCUAGUCUCCUCCUCGAAGCCCCACAUCGGUGGUUCCACCCGCUGCCCCUUCCCGCGUCGAUUCCUCAAAAUCCCCGCCAUGUCCCUCACAACGAUAACAACAACCUCAACAUCCUCGAAAAACAACAACAACCUCAAUUCCCACCUCCCUCCCCGCCGCCACAGCUUCGCGUCCCCGCAGUCGCUCUCGGAAUGGCUGAAGCCGCGGCUCCCCUCGGAAUCCUUCGCCUCGUGGGGCGUGAAGCCCGGUACGAAGAACGUGCACAACCUCUGGCUCGAGCUCUCCCAGGGCGAAACCUCCCUCGCCGACUCCACCCCUCCGGUUCGAACCGUACACGUCGUCCUCGUCCGCGUCACCGGAAAACACGGCAGAAUCCUAGUGGAGUCGCAUCAGGAUUUGUCGGACGGCAGCGUUAGGAAGCGCGGGAGGCCCCUGUCGGAGAAGAUGAAGCCCAACGAGGACCCCGAAUCCGCCGCCGUCAGAGGGAUUAUGGAGGAGCUCGGGUCUGCGAUUGGUGGCGGAGCGAAGAAUUUUGAAAUCGAUGACAUUGUCACCAUUGAUCCCAAUUCGUAUGAGAUGAGGGUUGAAGAGCGAGAUUCGGGUUCUUACCCGGGUUUGCCCGGUUGCUACGUUUUGCACACGCUCAGUGCCACCGUGGAGUGUUUGCCCGAAGGGGAUUUUUGCACCUACGAGGUGGAUGAGUAUGGAGGGGUUUUUGAAGACAAAAUUGUUGCGGAUGAAGCUGUUUCUGUUAAGAAGCAUUAUUGGACUUGGGUUAGUGCUGAUUCCAUCGGCACUUGAAUUCAUGUAAACCUUUUUUUUUAUAUAUAGUUGAGUUUAAGGAUAAGCUGACAUUUUUUUUUCUGUGUCAUGUUGAAAGUUUUUAUGGAUAUGAAUAUUAAUACCAUUACCAACAGGUUUUUUUUUUUACUUAUAUUGUAAGUAUAUUUGAGGUAAUAAGGUGGGGAAAUUAUUAGAGUGAAGCUGCUACUUCUUGUACUUGAUGUCAAUAAAGCACGGGUAUAGAAUUUGAUGUAAUUAUGGCA